AUGACCACCUCUAUCCGAGACGGCGGCCCAGCCCUAAAAACCCCCCUGGACUUCCCCGACAGCCCCCUCAGCCUGGCCCAACGCCAACCGCUACUGCUCGGCGUCUUCCUCGACCUGCAAGACCGCCACCUCUCCAACCACCCCACAACCAACAGCUGGACCUUCGACUACAACCUCUCCAUCGUGCAAAAAGCCGAAGCAUCGGGUUUCGAAAUCGCAUUCAGCCGCAUGCAAUGGCUCCCAAAGGGCGGCUACGACGGGGAAGCAUCACUCGACUCAUUCAUCGCCCUCGGCGCAAUGGCCGCAGCAACCAGUCGCAUUCUGCUCAUCUCCACAAUCCACGUCCUCUACGGGCCGUUACACCCCCUCCACAUCGCCAAAUACGGCGCGACGCUCGACCAUAUCUCCAAGGGGCGGUGGGGUGUUAAUAUCGUCACCGGGCACCGCGCAAUCGAGCACCAGAUGUUCGGGUGGAACCGGAUCGAGCAUGACAAGCGGUACGAGAUGGCUGGGGAGCUGGUUGACGUGGUGAAUAGUCUGUGGGGGGAGACGGAGAAUCUGACGUACGAGGGGAAGGUCUCACCCUGGAAACUGGAGAAUGCGUGGAUUACGCCGAAGCCGCUCUUUGGACGGCCGGUUUUGGUGAAUGCGACGGGGUCGCCGGCCGGUGUGGACUUUGCGGUGAAGUACUCGGAUUUGGUGUUUAUUACUUCGCCGGGGGGCGCGGAUAUUGGGAGUGCGUUGGAGACGUUGCCGGGGCAUAUUAGGAAUAUUAAGGAUGCUGCGAAGAAGGCGGGGAGGGAGAUUAAGGUCUUGAUUAACCCUGUUGUUGUCUCGAGGGAUACGCCGGAGGAGACGGGGGAGUAUUUGCAGGGGAUUGUCGAUGGUAUGGGGGGGGAUACGGAGCCGAAGAGGUUUAAGGGCUAUGAUAGCGAUGCCCAUGCGUGGCGAGGACAGAAUGGCCCGCGGAAGCAGGGGUAUAAGCUCGGCGGGAAUGUCGAGGUUAUCGGGUCGCCGAAGGAGGUUGUCGAGCAGUUUGUAGAGCUGCAUCGAACGGGCAUUGAUGGGCUGCAGUUAGGGUUCUACGACUGGGAGGUCGACUUUGACCACUUCUUGGACAAGAUCCUUCCCCUUCUCAAGGAGGCUGGACUGCGCGUUUAA